GAAUGCGACGUGAAGUAGGUCCGUAGGAGUGAUAGCCAGGACGUAAUCAGCUGUGAUGUCGAUGUGAUACGAUGCGAUAGUGGAGUACUGUAUAACUGGAGUAAGGUAUUUUGAUCGCUAGGAGUUAGAGACUGUCUCAUGCUGCGCAAUAAUGUUAUGCGUUUAUCUCUUUCCUGAGCACGUGCGCUAGCAUCGAUUGACCUCGCCGCCGUCGAGUUUACAUUCGAGGCACUACUAAAUAACAAUCAUAGUCAGUCCGCGACACGGCGAGGCUUCGUGCGACGGUGCGUAGCGGCCGAGCGUGUGUUGAGAAGGCUCUGUAGUGCGCGUGUGUCGUCUCUCCUCGGUAUCGAUCGGCGGACAGACCGCAUUGCCGUACAUUCCGGAGGAGCCUCGCCUAGUUUUCGACAAUCGUCGACGUGACGGACGCGUGUCGUCGUCGGCGACGGCCCGGACUGCCUUGCGCAGUAGUCGUGAGGUGAGCGCGGGAGCGAUCUACCUAUCUUCUGCCAAAACCGGCUCGCUGUUCGCGGCGAACGGCUGUGAUGUAGCCGGGGCCGGCGAGUGAGCGGCCUUCGGACAAAGAAACCGCGAGCGCGAUCCGAGAUGAAGAAGUUUACAUUCAAGGGGGUGCUUGAUGGGUUCCGCAGCUCCGUGCAGGCGGCGCCGCGCGGGACCGAGCAGGAGAUUCAGGAAACCCUGCGCCCUGAACACUUUCAAGUUAAAAAGACAUUUCGGCACGGGUUCCCGUUCUCACCCACGGCGCUGGCCUGGGACCCCAUCCAGAAGCUGUUGGCCAUCGGUGACAAGAGUGGCAGCCUCAGAAUUGUGGGCGGGCCCGGAGUGGAGGCCCACGUGAGGCACGAGGGGGGCGAGGUGGUGCUCCAUGCUCGCUUCCUGGUCAACGACGGCGGCCUGGUCACCGCCACCGCAGACGACCAGCUCCACCUGUGGACCUUCCGCCAGAAGUCGCCGCAGCGCGUGCAGUCGCUCAAGUUCCAGAGAGAGAGGAUUACCAGCUUGCACCUCCCGCUGCAGUCCAAAUGGAUCCACGUGGGCACGGAACGGGGCAACGUCCACGUGGUUAAUGUGGAGACCUUCGCGCUUAGUGGCUACGUCAUCAACUGGAACAAGGCAAUCGAAGUAACUCGACCGAACCACCCCGGCUCUGUGGUGGAAAUUAUCGACAAUCCGUUAGACAAUAGCAAGCUGCUGAUCGCGUACGAGAGCGGGCUGGUGGUGGUUUGGGACCUGCGCGCGAGGCUGGCGGAGUGGCGUGGUUGUGUGGGGUCGGGGGGGCCAGGCGACGCGGUACGAGCCGCCGCCUGGCACCACGACGGCAAGCUGAUGACUGCGCACGCGGACGGCGCACUCGCCACCUGGAGCACACGCUCGACGCGCCCCUGCUCGCUGUCCUACCCGCACGCAAAAACCAAUAAAGAUGGCAAACUUGAACCUUGCAAACCCAUACAAAGGCUAGACUGGAAAACUUGUAGAACAGGGGAGAGCCUGGUGAUAUUCUCUGGCGGGCUGGCGGGCGACACGGCGGGCCGCUCGCACUCCAUCACCGUGCUCAACGGCAAGAGUACCACCGUGCUGGAGAUGGAGCACGCCGUGCUGGACUUCGUCACGCUGUGCGAGAGCCCGCACGCCGCCGACUACCAGGAGCCGUAUGCCAUCGUGGUACUCCUGCAGCACGACCUGGUGGUGAUCGACCUGCAGAGCCCUGGCUACCCCUGCUUCGAGAAUCCCUACCCCAUGGACAUUCACGAGUCGCCCGUCACCUGCUGCUCAUACUUCGCUGACUGUCCCUCCGACUUGAUCCCGGCAUUCUACUCAGUGGGGCGGCAGGGCCACAAGAAGACGGCGGGCUUCAGCGAGAAGCUGUGGCCCAUCGACGGCGGUGCGUGGGCACCCGCCUCCUGCUCCUACAGCGAGAUCAUCCUCACCGGACACACAGAUGGCAGUGUCAAGUUUUGGGAUGCAAGCGCUGGGUCGCUUCAAGUUCUGUACAAGUUGAAAUGUUCAAAAGUGUUCGAGCGACGAGGUAGCGCCGGUUCGGGCAGCGGCUCCGUGUCGGGCGGAGACGAGGAGAGUCCCCUGAGCGUGCAGGCCAUGGCUCUCUGUGCGGAGUCGAGGAGACUGGCCGUGGCACUGCCGCACGGCCACGUGCUGCUGUUCAAGUUCAGGAAGCAGGAGAGCACGGCGGAGACUCAUGUAUUGGAAGUACCAAUAAUAGCUGACAACGUUCUGGAGGAAGAAAGCUCACCGGACGCGGAGGGCGGAGGGGCCGCCUCGCUCAGAGGGACCGACACGGAGAACAAGCGGUGUUGGCGGACGGGCAGCCUCCGCGUGCGAGGCUCCGCAGGCACAGGCGGGGCGCGGCGUGCAGCAGGCUUCCAGCCGGCUCUGGUGGCGCUGCAGCAGGGGCCGCCACACCCCGUCACCGCGCUCACUAUCAACUCCUCCUACGGCCUUUUGGCGUGGGGUGGUGAGCGUGGCGUGGUGGUAGUAGAUGUGUGGCGUCGCACGGUCGUGGCCGCCCUCCCCCCGCAGGCCCUCUAUCUGCCCGACCCGCCGGCUCCCGUGCAACCCGCCAGGCAUGACAGACGCUCGCCAGAGCUCGACCAGUGUGUCGGACGCGACUGCCAUCAAAAUGUAUCUAUUCCCCUGUCUCUGAAGCUGGAGGAGGCGCAAGUUUCGCCAGAUCCCGCUGAAGAGGCCCUUCCAGAUCCCAAACUAGACCACAGACGGAAAUCAACAUCUUGGAAAACUUUCAACCUAAAACGGCAGCUCUCAAAAGUAGAUCUGAAACUGAAAGCUGCCUUUGGCCCCGCGGAUAAUGACGAAACGAAUGAAAGAAGUAACUCACAAUUCUAUUGCGAAACCGAACGCACGGUAAGUGCUGCGGAAUCGAGAAACGAGUCGCCGGAUGGUGACGACGGUAAAGAGAAACCAAAGGAAGAUAGAAGCCAACUGUCGUCGCCAUUACGAGUCUGCUCCGAUGUGUUUGAGAGGAUGCAUCGAGAACUGCACGAGAAAAGAUCGUCAGAUGUUUACGACAGGAUGCAUAAGGAACUCCAAGAGAGGUGGCAAGAUAAGGAACGAAGUGAACCCUCCCCGGACUUGUCGCCAUCCAUGUUAAGCGAGGAAGAGAAAGCAGUCCGGCCGGAUAACUUGCCGUUAUUCGACCAGGACGGGAAACCCACGCGACCUCCGCGUCAGAAAAACAAGAAGAAAGACGAAACGAGAGAGCAGAGAUUGCUGUCUGUGCCUAACAUCAAAUAUAGCAAGCAGGAAUCGGUGAAGGACUUACGCAGAAAACAGAGUCAGCAGCAAGCGCAGUCGUUCGCCGGGAACCUGAUGCGACGUUUCAGUAAGUACCUGCAGUCGCAUCACCUGUCACCACUCACUCAUCAUCACCCGGGGCUCGGUUUAGCUACACUAACUAGACGGUAGGCUAACGGUAGCGACUAGCGGUAGACAGUUAUAGUUCUUCACUUGGAAUGGUAAUGGUUUGGCGAGUUUGAUUUACAACUAAUAUUGUAGAUAACAAAACAUUCUGUCCAUGAAAUUUUAUGGUAAUUUGCUUUGGCAAUAGUGUAGGUGUAACAAUCGAAAUAAUCCAAGACUCGUAGAAUGCUGGUAAAUCAUUUAUAAAAAUUGUUACAAUCAUUUCAUUCGAGUGUAUUCCUGGUCACGAAUGUUAGGAUGUUACCCAUAUUAAUAU